GUUUGAGAUGUCAUGGCUGUUUGGCAUCAAACCUGCGGCACCACCAGAGAUACCAUCGGAUUUCAAUCCUCCGCAAGGCGGCGGUGGUACAGAACCAAAAAAAGGUGAUCAAGCUCAACAGCAAUCUUCGAGGAUGGCUUAUUCUUUUGAUUCAACGGCUUUGGAAAGAGCUGCCAAGGCUGCAAGAGAACUCGAGAGGUUUCCAAAUGCAAAGGAGGCUUUGGAACUGAGUCGGUUGCAAGAGGUUACUCGACAGAAGGAAGUCGAACAGCAGACUAAGCAACUAGAGGCACAAAUACAAGCCAUGAAGUCCGACCAGAUGCGAGUAGCUGAAGAAGAGCGUAGGAAGACAUUGAAUGAGGAGACUAAGCAUGCAAGAGCUAGAUCCGAUUAUCAAGACCAAUUAGCUCGGAAGCGAGCUGAAGAUGAACUAGCUAUGAAAGCCAGAAUGCAGGAGGACAGCCUCAGGAAACAGGAAGAGAGUGUGAAGAAGCAGGAGGCCCUUAGAAAAGCAACUAUCGAACAUGAGCUUGCUCUAAAACAUAAAUAUGAGUUGGAAAAAAUUGAAGCUGAAACCAGAGCACGUGCCAAGGCUGCGAGAGAGAAUCGUGACGUCAACUUGGAGCAGAUGAAGUUGCAUGAGGAAGAAAAUAGGAAGACUGUAAUCGAAAAGAUCAAAACGAGUGGUGCCGUAAUUGGUGCGGGACUUCAAGAGUUUCUCUCGGAUAAGACCAAAAUCACAGCUGCGGUGGGAGGCCUGACCGCGCUGGCGGUUGGAUGGUAUGUAGCCAAGCGUGGAACAGGUGUUGUUGCACGAUACGCUGAAGCACGUCUGGGUAAGCCAAGUCUUGUACGGGAAACAUCGCGAGUGACACCUCUGGAGUCCCUAAAACAUCCUAUCAAAACAGCGAAGAUGGUGUUUAGGACAAAACAUGAUCCUCUCAAAGGGGUUGUAUUGUCGCCAAAUCUGGAAAGGCAACUAAGGGAUAUCGCCAUCACCACAGCCAAUACUAGAAGGAAUAAGGGCUUAUUCCGAAAUGUGCUGUUCUACGGCCCACCAGGAACGGGUAAAACACUUUUCGCCAAAAGUUUGGCUCAGCAUAGUGGUUUGGACUAUGCCAUAUUGACUGGUGGUGAUAUUGCACCAAUGGGUCGUGAGGGAGUAUCAGCCAUUCAUAAAGUCUUUGAUUGGGCGCAGAGUAGUCGCAAGGGGUUGAUAGUAUUUAUCGAUGAGGCGGAUGCCUUCCUUCAGAAGCGAUCAAAGGAAGCCAUGUCUGAAGAUACUCGUGCUGCUUUGAACGCCUUUCUCUUCCGCACUGGAGAACAGUCGAGACGUUUCAUGCUUGUUGUGGCCUCCAAUCAACCCGAGCAAUUCGACUGGGCUGUUAAUGAUAGAUUGGAUCAACUUGUUGAAUUCGAUCUCCCCGGUAGACCAGAGCGUGAGCGUAUACUACUGCAGUACUUCGAAGAACAUAUUGCUAAACCAGCUACGAGUGGUGCACGAGGGCAGCGUUUGAAGUUGGCUGACUUCGAUUGGGUGGAGAAGUGCGCCAAGGUCGCUGAUAUGACAGAAGGUAUGAGUGGAAGAGAACUGAGCAAGCUUGUGAUAGGAUGGCAGGCAUCGGCUUACGCAUCAGAAGAUGGUGUUCUCACGCCAGAAAUGAUUGAUCGAAACACGAAGGAUGCAGUGGCGCAGCAUGAGCACAAGAUGGAGUGGCUUGAGAAGGAACAGCGCGCUGCCAGGAAUAAAGAGGUCAUGUUUGGAACAAAGCUCAAAAAGGAAACUGCCGUCUGAUGCAAAUAGCAACAUCAUCCAUUAGUGGCUUAACGGGAAGUAGUCUCUCCUGAAACGAAGGGCACACUUCUCACGAUCUCGUUGCUCACGCUAAUGAUCCCGUUCGCAUCGGCUUACACACGCCAUUGUUAUAUAGUCAACGUAGUUAGGAUUUUCAUAGGUUUACAGUCUUAUUGUUGGAUCUUUUUACAAAAUUAUAGCCUCGUUGUUGAUUUUAUUCUUAUCGUUACCAGUUUUAUAGGCAAUGUUAGGUGACAUGACAAAUAAAAUUUUAUAUUAUACAUUAAUUAAAUUAUCA